AUGGUCUCGUUUCGACAACAAAUGAAAGGAUUCCCCGUGUACCAGAUCCUCGUGAUCUGCCUCAUGCGAUUCCUGGAACCACUCUCAUUCACGUCCUUAUUCCCCUACGUCUAUUUCAUGAUCCGAGACUUUGGCAUCGCUGCCGACGAAACUGACAUCUCCAAGUACGCCGGGUAUUUGUCAUCUUCAUUUGCCUUUACACAAUUCAUCUUCACCAUUCAAUGGGGCCGGCUCAGCGAUCGCAUUGGCCGCAAGUAUGUGCUUCUCAUCGGGCUUUUCGGUACGUCUCUUUCGAUGUUGACGUUUGGGUUUGCUCCCAAUUACUGGGUAGCGCUUCUGGCCAGAACCGUCAUGGGGGCUGUCAACGGUAACAUCGCGGUGUUGCGGACCGCCAUUGGCGAGUUGGUGACCGAGCGGAAGCACCAGGCGGUCGCGUUCUCCACGUUGCCGUUGCUCUGGAACCUUGGGUCGGUGGUGGGUCCGCUCAUCGGGGGUCUGAGCUUCUUUACACGGCCCAAACCCAACGGUGAGGCUGCUGCCAUGGCAGCGGUGGUGCUGGCGCUGGGAUUUGCCGAGUGGCACGACCAGUUUCUCGACCGCCACCCAUACGCGUUGUCCAACGUGGUGGUAGCGGUGUUUUUGUGGUUCGGAAUGGUGAUUGGGUUUCUCUUCUUUGAGGAAACUCAUCCACAGGUCAAGAAACAGCGGGAUGUGGGCUUGGACUUGGGUGAUGCCGUCUUGCGCUGGUGCGGGCUCACCCCCAAAGUACGGCCCUGGAAUAAACCCGAAAAAUCCCUGACCAUCGAAGUCGGAGUUGACUCCGAGGCUCUCGUGGGGUCCAGCGAAUCGAUUGGACUCUUGGAAGACAUUGACUCGGACGCCGACAUGGAUCCCGUCCAGGCACCGCCACAACAGCUCUACUCGGCCAUCGACGACGAGCUGGAAGAUGAUAUCUCCAUUGAGUCCGUCGCCAUGGUGGGCCCACUCUCCCGUCGUAUGUCCAAUGCCAUCGUCAAACGGUACUCGUCCAAGUCGACCAUCACCCCACAACUUCUGCGCACCUUCUCGCGGCUCUCAGGCAUUGCUGUCGAUAGCGACAACGACUAUGACGACGCUCCGCUCUCUGAAGCGUUGACGCCCCGGGUGGUGCUGCUUAUUCUCGCCAGCUUCCUCCUCGCGUUCCACUCCAUUGUCUAUGGGGAGUUCUUGCCGGUGUUCUUGGCUAGUUCCGUGCGUGUGGAUCGGUUGCAGUUCCCGUUCCGUAUCACCGGUGGAUUUGGCUUUGAUAGCGACUUUAUUGGAACCCUUUUCUCCACCACCGGCAUGUGUGGAGUGGUGGUGGUGAUAGUGGUGUUCCCGUGGUUGGACCGUACGUUUAAGUCUAUCCAUACGUAUCGGGCCACUCAACUCGUGUUCCCGGUGUUGUACUGCAUGUUGCCAUUGUACAUCUUUACCUUGCAUCAAUAUAACCCCAAAUUCGGACCUAACUUCACCAAAGUGGCCUUUUACUGCAACGCCGUGGCGUACCAGGCAAUUAAUGCCACUGCCUUCCCUCAGUUAGUACUCUUGGUGCAUAGAGCUUCACCGCCCCGUCACAGAGCCUUUAUCAAUGGUGCUGCUCUCAGCAUGAACUCACUUGCGCGGUUCAUCGCUCCGAUGACAUGGGGAAUUUUGAUGUCGUACCUCGACCGCAAGGAGCUCGGUGGGUUUACCUGGUGGAUCCUCGCCAUGAUGGCCGGGGUGGCCAUGAUCCAAUCGUUUUUUUUGAAGGAAUAUGAUGAAGACUUGAAGGACCCAAGUGAUUAGAGGUGGUCGUGCGCGGGUCCGCACUGACGCAUUUCUCCGCCAAUGAGAACUCCGCCAAACCCACCAGCGACUCUGACUCUGCCAAUAAUUCCGAUACUCUUUCUAGUGGUAGAAAUUCAUCCCACAAAGUCUUCUACACGGCUAUAGCACUUUAGGUAUAUUAUAUAUUAGAUUCCCAUAAUACAAAAACAAAAUUCCCAUAUUUUAUAAAACAAAACACAACGUAUUAGAUAAUUAGUAGCACUUUAAAAAAUUGAAUUGAAACCAAAAAAGAUUCUAAACACUGCUGUAAAUCAUUAGUUGCAAGUCUUGGAGCUGAGACAAAUUAAUCAUUAGAAAGGAGGUAUAACGGCCACGGGGCUUACAAGUUCACUUAAGGACACAAACAGACAGAAACUCAAUUGGAUAAAUGUUUUUUUGGUAAUAAAUUGACAAUCUUGCAACACACAAACAACAUUCAGGGUGAGAAUAAUUCAAUGAGUCGAACGCAGAUGGUUUUUGGUAGCGGAUUCCAGUUAUCGCAGGGGGCCAAUUUUGGGUAAUUAGCUCUUCCAACAACAGAAACUUUAAAAACACUCACUUAAGGCACACCAAAACCACACCACUUCACACUCAUUGCUCCAUCACCAACCCACACAAACAUCUUGUACGCUAGAAGAAGCCAACUUAAAAACCAAUAAUAAUUCAACAAAAAACACAGUCCAAUUCAAUUUCCACCCACUUGGGUAAACCUCUCGCAACCUUAACAAUAACUCAACUCACAGUACUCAAAUAACAAUGAUUAGAACAACAAUGUCUAAAUGCUUUCCCUGACUGGAAAACACUUAGAAUCUUUGGUUGGAUUUUUUGGCCUUCAAUUUGUUUACUGUGAUAGUACCAACAACAGCACAAAAGGCCAAGAAGACCAAGACGAAAACCAAGAUAACACCAGGAGGUAACAUAUUAUUAGCUUAGUUAAAAAGUGUUAGUUUUAAAAGAAAACUGAAAGGAAAAUUC